UAUAAAACGGGACGGGACUGGGGAAGAAUGUUGGGGGCACGCAAGUGAAGUCGAGGUGAGCGAAAAUGGCGGAUUAAACUGUCCCCUGUUGUUCUUCGUUCGUUGUUUAAUCGAUGAUCAAUAAUACUAACCUACAUUUUCACAUUCCCCAAUCAAUCAAUCACACCAUGUUGUGUAAGCUUCUGCUGCAGAUCGAAUUGUUCUCUGUUCAACCGUCUAAUCCAGUCUUCGCCUCCCCACUUUGUUGCUUACUCCUUGAUUUGGUAUCAAUUCUUUGACAUUUCUGUGGGCUUCUAGUUUGGGUUCUUGUUGGCGGUACAUAUUAGAGAGUUCGAUUGAGCAUAUGAUUGGUAGCUGCUGAGGUUAAGGUGGUUUUUAAGUAAUAUGGACUCGGCUAGGAGUUGGUUCCAGAAGUUUCAGCCCCGUGAGAGGUUUAGAUCUCCUUCCAAAAAGAAGGAAACCAGUGCAUACGGGAAUGAAGUUUCAAACCCUUCAUCAGCCGAAGAAGCCUCCAAUACCACAAAGCAGAGGGUUGCAGCAGCCAAACAGUAUAUAGAGAAGCAUUAUAAGGAGCAGAUGAAGAGCCUCCAGGAGAGGAGGGAACGAAGAGAUUUACUGCAGAAGAAGUUGGCUGAUGCUGAUGUCUCUGAAGAAGAUCAAAACAACCUAUUAAAAUUCUUGGAGAAGAAAGAAACUGAAUACAUGCGGCUUCAAAGGCAUAAAAUGGGUGUGGAUGACUUUGAAUUGCUUACAAUGAUUGGAAAGGGCGCAUUUGGAGAGGUCAGAGUCUGUAGGGAAAAGACAACUGGUACUGUAUAUGCAAUGAAAAAGCUUAAAAAAUCGGAAAUGCUUCGUAGAGGCCAGGUUGAACACGUGAAGGCUGAAAGAAAUCUGCUUGCAGAGGUGGAUAGCAAUUGUAUUGUAAAGCUAUAUUGUUCUUUCCAAGACAAUGAGUUUCUAUAUCUGAUAAUGGAAUAUUUACCUGGUGGAGAUAUGAUGACUCUGCUUAUGAGAAAAGAUACAUUGACUGAAGAUGAGGCUAGAUUCUAUGUUGCAGAAACAGUUUUGGCUAUUGAAUCUAUUCACAAACAUAAUUACAUACAUAGAGACAUUAAGCCUGAUAACUUGCUGCUUGAUAGAUAUGGUCACUUGAGACUAUCAGACUUUGGGCUAUGUAAACCUUUAGAUUGCAGCAUUCUUCAAGAGAAGGAUUUUUCAGUGGGGGACAGCUUUAUUGAAACUUCACAAAAUGGUGAAUGCUCCUCAGCUCCAAAGCGCACCCAGCAAGAGCAGUUGAAACAUUGGCAGAAAAACAGGAGGAUGCUUGCUUACUCUACUGUUGGUACACCUGAUUACAUUGCUCCAGAGGUUUUGUUGAAGAAAGGUUAUGGAAUGGAGUGUGAUUGGUGGUCACUUGGUGCUAUUAUGUACGAAAUGCUUGUGGGAUAUCCCCCCUUCUAUUCUGAUGAUCCAAUGUCGACAUGUAGAAAGAUAGUGAACUGGAGGACACAUUUAAAAUUUCCUGAAGAGGCAAGGUUAUCUCUAGAAGCAAAAGAUCUUAUUGGUAAAUUACUAUGUAGUGUCAAUCAGAGGCUGGGUUCAAAAGGUGCAGGUGAAAUAAAGGUUCAUCCUUGGUUUAGAGGGAUUGAUUGGGAUAGGAUAUAUCAAAUGGAUGCUGCAUUCAUUCCUGAGGUGAAUGAUGAGUUGGAUACUCAAAAUUUUGAGAAGUUUGAGGAGUCCAGCACCCAUAAUCCAACUUCAUCAAAAUCAGGUCCAUGGAGAAAGAUGCUCUCAUCCAAGGACAUUAACUUUGUAGGCUAUACAUACAAGAAUUUUGAAAUAGUGAACGACUAUCAAGUGCCUGGGAUGGCUGAGUUGAAGAAGAAAGACACCAAGCCAAAGAGGCCAUCCAUCAAGACACUCUUCGAAGAGGAGUCGGAAUCAGACGCCGCAAAUGAGACCUUGCUUGGGAAAUCUCUUUCCUCCUCUACAAGAAAUGAGAGAACCUGAAAAAGAAUCCGCUUGACGUUGCUGGUUGCUCUAUGCUCUCUGACGCACAAAAUGAUCUGACCCAAAAUCAAGCUUUCUUCCACAUAGUCGAAUUUUAAUGGAUAACUGUCAUUAGCUAUGCGCUUGGAUUAUCGACAGCUAUGGCCAGAUGAUGACUAGGCGUGGAGUUUAGUGUCAAAAAGGCCUGCAGAGAGGUGCUGUAUUUUCAGGUACUAAUUGUGUGCAUCAGGAAGACCCUUGAUCAUAUUUGUUUUUCUUCAUCUUUUCAGGAAAGAACAAAUUAAGAGGUUGAAUUACUAAUUCGUUUGUUAUGUUAGUUUUUUCCCAAUUAUUUUCUAGUGUAAAACGUUGUAUACAAGGGAUAAAAACAGAGCUCUUCAACUCUUUCUAAGUACAGUGUGUUUCUCUUUUGUUAAUGAUAGUGAAACCAUUUCUUCUC